CCAUACUGAACUUCCGUACAACCAAACACAUCGAGAGCUUCUCUCUAUUCAUUUCCCUAAACCCUAGCAAAAACCUCUCUCUCUCUCUCAAUUCACUUCUCCUCCUUCAAUGGCUUGGCGCAACGCAGGAUCUGCCGCUCGUUCUUUCGUCUCCGCCACCGCAAGAUCACCAUCUCUCCGUUCUCCCACCACGGCGCUUCCUCGCCUCCGUCCUCCUCAAUCCUCCUUACCUAGCCGUCGCUUCACCUUCUCAUCACCUUCCAGGAAUCUAGGAGCACUUGGUUGCACACAGUCGUUCUUGCCUCUGUACAGUGUUGUGGCUACUUCUCAACUCACAUCUCACCUUAACGUUAACUUGCGAGCUUUCUGCGAGCUGUCUAACGGUACCUUCCAACGCACUUGUCAAGAUCGCUAGUAGUCCUCUUUGUGAGUGUUUUACUUUACUUAGGUUUCUUAUAGGAUUAUUUGGGAGAUUAGUCUGCUAAGUUUCUUGUUUAACACUAUGGAGCUUCUUGUGCAUUGAUGUUGGUCGUUACCGUUCUUUGUUUGAGUUGGAUUAAGUUGUUUUUGUGAAUGGUUUGGGUUUGGGAUUGAUAGGAAUUGGAAAAGAUGGGUGAUGCACUCGGAUUUUACGUCGCUGGCAAGAGAAUGGUGCUGCAUUGUAGGUUUCUUAUCAGUAUAUGAAGAUUAGACUCUGUUUCCUUUUGCAUUGUGUUGGCGGAUUAGACAAAGCAAAGCUUUUCUUAGCACUGAAUAACAAACAUUUUGUUCAUUUAAACAGUCUGUUUGAUACUUUGAUUUGGCAUAAUGAUGCACAUUUGUUGCUUUUGAUUCGUAUAGAAUAUGGUUUAUACGACAACUUUGGUUUUGUUUCAUUGUACUGCCUUUGAGUUGUCUUUGGUUAUCAUGAAAAGAAUGUUAGGUUCCGUGAAAUCGAUAACGAGAGAAUAAGUCGUAAAAUGAUACACAAUGAUGGCGAAGAAGAAUGAAUCUUCUUCUCUCAGGGUCUUGUUUGGAUUUGUAAUUUUGGUUGUAACUUGGCACAGGUACUUGAAGAGGCAAAAGAGU